UGCAAACACGCCUCCAACUAAGACUUUGACAGCGCAAACUCUUCGAUGGUCAUUAACCCCGCCGCCCCGGUAAGCGGCUUAAGGUAUAAAGGGUUGCGUCGCUCAUCCCGUCCGAUUACUUUUGUUGAGAAAUCUCGACACUAUGGAAGUGACGCAUUUGCUCGUCGUGUAUCUUCUCGCUGCUCUAAGCGUACAUGCGUCGCACGGAAACGUCGAAGCUGAGGUCACCGAACAGGAAGGCAUCACCGAGGAUCAGCAGAAAGUGCAUGAUGAAUGCCGGAAUCCGGAUUACAAAAAAUAUCUCAAGUGUUUAAUGAGACCGAAGAGGCAUCAUCAUAACGGCCAUGGAGACGGACUGUCGGAAAAUGAUCCUACUCAUUGUUUGGAAGCGUGUUUUAAAAAAUGCGACCAUCAUUUGGAACAUGACGAAUGCGAGAAGAAAUGCAGUUACUGCACGAAAAGAACCAAGCACAGGCAUCAAAUCAUUACGGAAUACGAGACGGAAUGCGUAUCGGGAAAUUGCGGUCCGGCCAAUGAUGGACUAAGAACUACCAACAUAACAACGAACAUCGACAUCAAUAAUAUCAUUAAUACUUUUAGCAAUGCUACUAAAAAUGGUGCACUUGAUACAUCUGUUAUUCCUGGUAUGCCUGGUAGGCCUGGUAGGCCUGGUAGGCCCGAUAUUCCUGGUAGGCCCGAUAUUCCUGGUAGGCCCGAUAUUCCUGGUAAAUCCGACAUCUCUGGUAGGCCCGAUAUUCCUGGUAGGCCCGAUAUCCCUGGUAGGCCCGAUAUCCCUGGUAGGCCUGGUGUGCCCCGUAGGCCCGGUAUGCCCGGGAUGCCCGGAGGUGAUCAUGAAAAUGGUGGUAAUGGAGGUAACGGUGAGAAUGGAAUAAUGGAUAAAACAGGAGACUGCUGCCCACCUGUAGCAUCCCGCUUUCCAUCGAUUCCAAUAAUACCUCAAAUUUCAUUGGUACCACAAAUCACAUACGGUGUAGGAUUCGGAGCCGCAGGUGGAUGCGCGCAAAAUCAGUGGCUCUGUAUCCAAAGCGGCGUUAAGGAAGUACAGCCUGAUUGCUCCGGAUGCGGUAAUUCCGUCUUACGCUAUAGAUGCGAUGUAAGCUGUUACGCAACUUAUGCUGGCGCGGUGACUAAAAUUAAACCGCCUUGUAAUAGUCCGGAAUGCGUUGGAGGUUCAAUAUAAUUGCUGGAUACGUUGAAAGCAGUUGCAAUGUGAAUGUGAAACAUCAUUAUUAAUCGUUUGAAUUUUUUAUAUUUGUGUUAAUAUUAUAAAAAAAUUGCUUAUAAUUAACAUAGAAUGCAGCUUUAGAUUUCCCAAGUAAUCCCCUACUGUAAUGAUCAGGAUUUCCUAAGAUUAGCUUAUGAAAUAAAGGCAAAGUUAUUUUUCUUUUCCAAA